CAGAUUAACAAGAUUCAUAUUAUUAACAGGAGAAAUAAGCUUGAGAAUCUGUGUCCUUUGAAAAUAGUCGUGGUGAGAGAGCAAAGCGUUUUUUUUUUUUUUUCUUUAAUACAAAUUUUAGAAGAAUGAUAUUUUCAAGAAAGGAAAAGCGGGAGAAGGAGGAGAGAUAAAAAACUGAUAAACGGCAAACAAGAUCAAUGUAAACAGUUUGAGUUGGUGUGAUGAGGACAGAUUGAUAAACGAUAGACAAGACUAAUAUGAACAAUGAGAGUGGAUGAGAUGAGGAAGGAGUGAUGGACCGUAAACAAAGCAAGAUAGUGAUAGCCGCCACAAAGACCCAUCCCACCAUCCCACGGCCGAUACUGGAGCAAUGAACGGGAGAAUAAUACGUCCCUGCCACAAUGAAAUGAGUAAAUAACAGGCGGGUUGAUGAGGGAAGAUGUGUCACAACUUAGAAAGGGAGGAAUGGAUAUUUUGGAGACUGGGAAGGAAAAUAAAUUGCGAGAUGGGAAAGGGAAGCCGGAGCCAUGAAACGAACGAAUACAUGGAAGGAAAAGGAGAAAUGGUGAGCGAAGACAGAUGACGGAAAAAAUUGGAGGAAUGAAAUGAAAGAAUAAGUGGAAAGAAAAAGAGAAAUGGAGAGCGAGGAUGGGAAAGGGAAAAUGGAGCCAUGAAACGAAAGGAUACGUGAAAAAAAUAAAUAAAUAAAUAAUGUGAGGAUGGGAAACGGGAAAAUGGAGGCUUGAAACGAAAGGAUAAUGAAAGGAAUGCAAGGAUAGACGAGGGGAAAAUGGACCCAUGAAAAGAAGGAAAAUGUGGAAGUAAAAGGAGAAAAGGAAUGCGAAGGUUGGAAAGGGAAAAAUGGAGCCAUGAAACGAAUGGAUACGCAAAGGGAAAAUGAGAAAAGGAAUGCGAGGAUGGGAAAGACAAAAAAAAAAAAAAAAACCGGAGGCUUGAAACGAAAGGAUACAUGGUUGAGACAGUAAAGAGGCACAGGGGCGAUACUACGAAACUAACGGGUAUUACUCGAGAGACAUCUGGUGUGAGUAGCUUGGAUGAUGGAAGUAAUGAACCGCUUUAAGCCGCUCAAUUCACUACACAUCACAAUGUCAGACGAGGCAAGUGCUCCUUCUAUGAUGACAAGCGUGGCGGCAACCCUCACCACGGCAGUAAUGAAGGGUGUCUCAUCUACUGCUGCCUCAUCCUCCUCUUCCUCUUCCUCAUCCUCUUCCUCGUCAUCCCCCUCCUCCUCCUCAUCUGGCUCAUCCGCUGGGAGCGAGCCAUCCGUCAACCAGAAGCUUUUCCUGGUGGUGAGCGUCGCCUUGGCUACCGUCUGUUUCUUCACCAAUGUGCUGCAGGUGGCAGUGUUUGCACGCCCCUCAGCAAUGCGGUGCGUGAAGGGCGUGCUGCUCCUCUCCCAGGCUGUGAGUGGACUGGUGGCAACUUUUGUGGUAGCCUUCCCCAUACAUGUCAUCUCUUCCAGGGGAGGGUCUGUGGUGGGCCCUGAGGGAUAUGCUGCCUGUUACCUGGGCCACUCUGGUGUGAUCCUGCUGGCAGGACUCACAUCACUGGGUACUUCUACACUUCUUCUCUUGCAUCAAUACCUCAAGAGCAGUGACCCACGCAGAUUCAUGACAGCCGGCACCAAUGUAGCAGGCUGGAGUGUGGGUGUGGGGUGCAGUGUGGGUGGUAUCCAUUGUGGUGGCUGUGGCGCCCUAUGCAGGGUGGAACACUUGGCAGCAGCAUGAUGCUCGGUGCCACCUUUCAACUCUGUGGCCACUGUCCUUCACAGCACUGCUCACCUUCCUGGUGUGUGGCCAGGUGGCCGUGGCUCUGCUCAUGUGGGCAGCCACACACGCCACACGUCUGCGCACCAUUGGUGAUGGAGUGCACAGUGUGCAGCGGCGGAGUGAUGGAGAGGAAGCUCCAAUAGCUAGCCAGACGGUCGGCAUGCAUGGCAUUGGGGGGCGUAGCGGAGUGUGUGUGGGUGGAUGGUGUGUGAGUGUGGGUGCCCUGGUGCCUCUGUUGGCCCCACGUGGUGAUGGCCUCAUCAUGUGCUGCCUCAUCCCCCUGCAUGGCAAACCCUGGCCAUUACCACGAGGAGGCCGCUGCUCUGCCCUGGGCCUCCCUGCUGCUGUGUGCUGCUGGGGUCACCAACCCACUGCUCUAUGUGUUCACUGAUGACCAGGUGUCCUCCUCCACACUGCUGCUGCUGUCCCGUGUGUGCUGCUGGUGGUGCGAGGGCAGGAAGCAGCGCCUGGUGCCCCGCGUUCAGGAGCCUCACGACGCAGAAACGAAUGUGUAUGUGACUCAUGACACCGACCACCUUGUGUCAGACAAUACCUAAGCAUCAUGCCAUUGCUGCAAUUGUGCCCAAAUUCACCCUCUACCGGUACUAUGUCCUGUUAAACCAAAGCAAACACACCACAACCAUUACAAUGCAGGAGUACCACAACAUGCAAUAAAAACUAUGCCAACAGUAUUGAGCUGUUUAAUAGGAGAUCCUAGAAACAGAUUGCCACAGCACUGUACAACAUAAUCGCAAAACAGCAACACCUCAGUAACAUUACCAGAGCACUCCAUGAUACCUCCAUCCCACACCACAUCACAGCUACACCAGCCUAACAAUACCAACCUAAUGCACUACUCAGUCUAUAAAAUAUACGCAGCACCACACUGACACCACAAAAUUUCAGCAUCUCACUGCAUCACAACACAACACCAACAAGUAGCAGAACUAAACUUGCAAAACAACUGUAACACCUAAUAAGUGCACCACCAGACUUGCAUCACAGAACUGUAGUACUGUACUAUCUCUUUCUGACACCUGCCCAAACAUUCUUCAGAGGGAGUUUAAAGGAAAACAUCAGAGAGAAACUGUACCAUGAUGCAGCAGAGUAAUAGUCCUGCGAUGAAAGUGUGGUGGCACAGUUUUAAGUUAAUACAGUACUGCAGGUUUGGGUUCUGCAUUACUGGACUAACACAAUGACAUUGUAUUCACCAUACCCACAAGAUAAAGCUUACACCACUCAACCUCAGUGCAGCUUCACACACAGACCACAGUAUUACCACCACGAAGGUACAGGCACCACACCCAUGUCACCAGACUAGACCACUCAUGAGCAGCACCACACCUCAACAUAAUACCAACCCACAGCUAACUAUAGACAGCACCACACCUAGAACUUAAGUCUCCACAGAGGAACGGAAACACAUUAAUAAUGAAUUAUAAUUAAAUGCAUAACAUUUGCCUCACUACUUGUCACUACACCAUACUGUAGCCAGACCAUACAGCACUAACAUGGCCACGUGAGGACCACUAAAUGACAUUAUCCUACAGAACCCACAGAAAGAGAAUCAAAUCAGCAAUACAACACCAGCCCAUAUCAGCAACAUCAUAUCAGCACCACAGCACUCUGACAAUCGCACACAGCACAACACUCCCAGGCAACAAGACGAAGGCAAAUCAGCAUGUUGUGAGCAACUGUUUGAUCUUCAAAGCAGUAUAAUUGAAAAGCAACAAACGAGUGCCAAUAAUAAAAUGCACCAAAUAUUUUAGGAAGAUACUGUCAACUUACAUAUAUAUAUAUAUAUAUAUAUAUAUAUAUAUAUAUAUAUAUAUAUAUAUAUAUAUAUAUAUAUAUAUAUAUAUAUAUAUAUAUAUAUAUAUAUAUAUAUAUAUAUAUUUCAUGUAAAAUUAUGAAUAACCUACAAAUGACAAUGGAUGGAACCACUGGUCAAGAUAACCAAAUUAUGAAAACUCUCUCUCUCUCUCUCUCUCUCUCUCUCUCUCUCUCUCUCUCUCUCUCUCUCUCUCUCUCUCUCUCUCUCUCUCUCUCUCUCUCUCUCUCUCUCUCUCUCUCUCUCUCUCUUCAGGACUUGGCUUACUAUCACUUUGGUUUUGCAUUUCUUAUCUUGGGAAUGAAGGUGAUGGGAGAGUUACCACAUAUGUGUUGGAAUUUAAGUAUUAUAAACAGUAGUUAUGAAUGAGACAUGCUGUCUGUGGUGAGUGUUCACUGGUUAGCUUUCAAUCCAGUGUUUACUGGCUUACUUUCAAACAUGUUCAUAAAUGAUGAUGCAUGUAUAUUUUAAUCCAUAUACAAAAAUUUUACCAAUGGUUUCAACUGUUUUAACUUUUUCAUACACAAGUAUUUUCAGUGCUCUCCACUUUCAGGGAUCAUGCUUAAAAUGUUACUAUUUCUCUGCAUUAUGCUGCAAUUUCCUAAGAUUUAGUGUAUAAUUUAUGACUCUCUCAAAGAUAUACAACUGUAUAGUCACAAAUCUUAAUACAGGGUUAAGUUACCUUCACAUCAUGCUAUUACUCUUCAGACUCAUGAUGUCAUGGGGGGAGAGAGAGAGAGAGAGAGAGAGAGAGAGAGAGAGAGAGAGAGAGAGAGAGAGAGAGAGAGAGAGAGAGAGAGAGAGAGAGAGAGAGAGAGAGAGAGAGAGAGAGAGAGAGAGAGAGAGAGAGAGAGAGAGAGAGAGAGACUGCAUCUCUCCUUGAACCAGGAUGACUACUCUGUAUUUCAAGCAGUUCCAGUAUAUUGAAUAUUUAGGAGCAGUCAGCUUAACUGUUACUGCAGACUGAAUAUAACAUUUGUUACAUACUGAAAGAUUUUAACAUGUAAAAAAUGAAGAGCUUUUCAUGACAAUGUAGCUUCAUAAUUCUUCACACAUUCAGAUAUAAAUAUACAUGUGUGAGUUUCUGUGUGUGUGCAGCAAUUAACAUGAGAUUCACUGGCAUCUGUUACAAAUCAUAAAAUUCUGGACCAUGGAAAUAAAACUGCAGAAUUUCAAAUUUUCUUUGUCAGGCUAUUCAUCAACAAAUUUAACAUCUCAAAUCUGGGCAUGUAAUGGACAGAUUUAGUUAGCAAACUACAGUAUCUUGUACGCAACAGUAUUUAGUGGACUUAAAAAAGUAGAUAGUAUGUAAUACUUCACAAUUAAACAAAAAAUAUACUUUUGAGCACAAAGAAAUGUGAGAUAUAACUGGUUCCCAUUUCACUGAUAUCUUGUAAUGCCAAAACUGAAAUAUUGUAACUCUUGUGGUACAACCCCUACUUCCUGUGUAGCAAUAACCGUAUCUCUGGCACUGACCUCAUUGUAUAUUUCAAGAUAUAUACUGCACAAAUUAUUUUAAGAUAUGUUACAAGUGUUAUCGAUACAUGUUGUACGGCAAUGCACUUCGCUGUCUUAUGUGUAUGCAGUGGUGGGCAAAAUUCUACUAUUCCACUAACCAUUAAUUAAGUAUUGAAGCUAAUGUUCGUGUUCACCGAUUAAUGUUCUCACUAACUUUGAAAACCUUUGGUGCUUGCGUUCUGUUUAAAAUAAACACGUGUCCCUACACUGCUAAAGUUGGAUCAACUUUAGUCUUUGGGUGAUGUGGGAUGAUGAAUUAUUGCAAUGACUGGAGUACACAGACAAGGCUCACCCUACACCAGAUGACCAAUAACCUCCGCCAGGCUGAUUGCUGGUCGUGAGCAGCUCAGGCAGUUUUAGCCACAGAAAAAUUACAUUAAAUGUGAACUAAUACUUAAUCGCUAUUUUAACUAUUUAUGCAUACCAGGAUCAACACCUGAUUUUGGCAUGCUAUACUUUCUUUUUUAUAAUCCAUGUCCAAGCUACAACAUAUGAAAUUUCAAUAUUUAAUGUUUUUUUUUAGAGUAAAAAAUAAAAUAUGAAAGAAAGAAGGUAAAUAAAGGAAACUAUAUUCAUGUAAAAAAGUUACUGGUUAUCCUAAUCUAUUUUUUUACAGGUUUAGCAAAUUAGCAUUACCAAAGUUAAGUUUAGCUUUAGUAGUUAGUGAAGCAAACUUUCUGGUUAGUGGUGCCCAUUACUGUGUUUGUAUGUAUGUAUGUAUCUAAUAAACAUAAAUAAAUACAUACAUUUA